AGCUCUGGUGAAUCAGAGACUUGUAGUAACUGGAAAUCGAACAUUUGUGUUUUUUGUCAGGUAACUGAGUCGAUAGGAUCACAAAACACUGCUGCAAAGGGAUGAACUCAGUGGAAGGUUUAGUGAAUCAAAUCCAGGGACUAUCAACCACUGCCUCCGAUGUUUUAUCGCUGCAAAAUUUGCUUAAACAAGCUGAUGACUCGCUCCAUGCCGAGUCCACUCGGUUGUUGCCUUUUCUCGACCAACUCGACCCUUCCAAGCACUCUCUGGGUUACCUCUAUUUCCUGGAGGCAUGCACUGCUGGUCCAGUUACAAAAGAGCAAGCUGGUUCAUAUGUGUUAAUGAUUGCCAGAUUUAUCACUUCAUGCAUUGCUGAGCAAAUUCGAUUGGCGCCUGAUAAGUUUAUAACCGUGUGUAAGAGGUUCAAAGACCAAGUUCUUUUGCUCGAGGAGCCCUUGCGUGGGGUGGCUCCAAUGCUGACCGCUAUUCGAAAGCUUCAGUCAUCUUCCGAACAUUUGACUGCUUUACACCCGGAGUUUCUCUUGCUUUGUUUGCUGUCAAGGUGCUAUAAAGCUGGUCUUUCCAUUCUGGAAGAAGAUGUUUUCGAGGUUGAUCAACCAAGAGACCUUUUCCUUUUUUGCUAUUACGGGGGAAUGAUAAGCAUUGGAAAAAAGUGGUUCCGGAAAGCAUUGGAGCUUCUACACAAUGUUGUGACUGCUCCAAUGUCUACCGUUAAUGCUAUAGCUGUCGAGGCUUUUAAAAAGUACAUAUUGGUCUCCCUUAUUCACCAUGGACAGUCCCCUACCAAUCUCCCUAAGUAUGCUUCUUCAGUUGCGCAGAGAAAUUUGAAGAACUUAUGUCAGCCAUAUAUCGAACUGGCAAAUAGUUAUAGCAACGGCAAAAUUGCAGACAUAGAGACAUAUGUAGAGGCAAACAAGGAUAAAUUCGAAAGCGACAACAAUCUAGGCUUGGUGAAGCAAGCUGUAUCAUCUAUGUAUAAACGAAAUAUCCAGAGGUUGACACAGACAUAUUUAACUCUCUCACUUCAAGAUAUUGCUAAUAGAGUGCAACUGAAUAGCCCUAAGGAAGCGGAAAUGCAUGUUCUUCAAAUGAUUAAAGAUGGUGAGAUAUAUGCAACGAUAAACCAAAAGGAUGGGAUGGUUCGAUUCCUAGAAGAUCCCGAACAAUAUAAGACCUGCGAAAUGAUUGAGCAUAUUGACUCAUCAAUCCAAAGGUUGAUGACCCUGUCUAAGAAGCUGAAUGGUGUGGAUGAACUAAUGUCAUGUGAUCCAUUGUAUCUACUUAAGGCCGGGAGAGAGCGACAGAGGUUCGACUUUGAUGACUUCGACAACGUUCCUCAAAGGUUUAACAUAUGAAUGGUUAAAAUGAUAAUUGAGAAACUAUAGUAAAGACAUACAAAUAUGUUCAACUGGGUCCAACUUGUUUAAGAGGUGACCAAUUUUUUUUUUUCUGAUAUAGUUUUGCUGACAUAAAUGUGUGUGUUGUUAAUUAAAUAGAUUUAGUUGAUUUUCAUGUGUCUUUGCUCAACUUUUCCCAAUUUUAAGAUGAAUUUAGAGAAGCAAUGGAGGUGCCCAUUUUUCUCUUUGAAA